CUUUAGAUCUCAGCAACAAUAUGUUAGAAGGGAAAGUUCCAAGCUCCUUGCAAAGAUGUGAACCUUUGCAAGUUUUAAACAUUGGAAUCAACAAGAUCAAAGAUACAUUCCCGUGCAUGUUGAAGAAAUUAUACAGUUUUCAUGUCCUAGUUAUUAGGUCGAACAAGUUCUACGGGAAUCUCCAGUGUUCUGUUGCUAUUCAAACCUGGUCAAGGCUUCAAAUUGUGGAUCUUGCUUACAAUAAUUUCAGCGGUGCUUUGCUACCACAUUACUUCUCGAGCUGGGAAGGCAUGAUGCAGGGCAACAAUCCAUACCCAUGGGAGCAGUACUUAAGUGCUGAUAAUCUGUAUCAAGACAAGGUGACUUUAACUAUCAAAGGUCUAACAGUGGAAUAUGUGAAAAUUCUUGUAGUUUUAACUUCCAUUGAUUUCUCUUGCAACAACUUUCAAGGGGAGAUACCUGAGACAUUGGGAGAUCUCAAAUCACUAAUCCAUCUUAACUUCUCGCACAAUGCUUUGACCGGAAGAAUACCAAAUGCCCUUGGAAAUUUGAUUCAGCUUGAAUCCUUAGAUUUCUCAGUUAACCAUUUACGUGGGAGGAUUCCAGACGAGCUCGUGAGUCUCACAUUUCUUGCUUUCUUGAACCUAUCUUUUAAUCAACUAUCUGGUAGGAUUCCAAGUGGUAACCAACUUCAGACGUUCUCAGCGAAUUCCUUCGAAGGGAACACAGGGUUGUGCGAUUUACCUUUAAAGAAAACGUGCAGUGAAACCAAAGUGAAUGGAUCAUCACAGUUACUUAGCAGCCAUUCUGAACAUGAAAUUGAAGGGAAAUAUAUAAGUUUUGCCUUGGGAUCUUCUGUUGGCUUUGGCAUCAUAAUCUGGCUGCUUUUGCAUAGUCAAAGAUACAAUGAGCUCCUUGAUAGACUUCUUUUCAGAAUGUUGGAUCGACACAAAAAAAGGCGCAUGAAUAAAAUCUUUGAAGGUGGUCAAGUAUAGCUUUGAUGUUUGAUCUUUUACGUUCUGUUUGAAGGAGUUCAUAAUACUAUUGUUCACUUUGUUUUUCCUUUGUUUUCUGUAUGGUGAAGAGUGGUGUUUGAAUUUUAAU